UUUGUCCCGCCCCUCCCUUCCCCAACUCUACGUUCAUAUCCCGGACUGUUUUGGUACACUGGGUUUCCAGCCGAGUAGGAAAAUGCCCUUUAUCGACCUUGAGAGUAACCUGCCUGCGAGCCGCUUCUCCGAGGAGCUGGUGAACAAGCUGUGCUGCGCGGCCGCCACUAUCCUCGACAAACCCAAGGAGAGGAUCAAUGUGACUGUGAAACAUGGCCUGUUAAUGGCCGUUGGAGGCAGCAUGGCUCCCUGUGUCCAACUGGCUGUGUCUUCCAUUGGUGUGGUGGGCACGGCUGAGCAGAACAAGCAACACAGUGCCAAGUUCUUUGAGUUCUUCACACAGGAGCUGGGAAUAACUGCAGACAGGAUCCUGAUUCGAUUUUACCCUGUGGAGAAGUGGCAAAUUGGGAAAAAUGGGACCGUCAUGACCUUUCUGUAAACAAACUUUAGACUGGAAAUCUUAUGUGAUGACAAGCACCUGUUUGUCCUACCAUGCCCAUGGUGGGCAAGUCAUGUUCUUGAGCAUGCUACAAUAUCUAAUAUUAAACAUUUCCAAUGGUGCAUUGAA